AUGGCACUAGGUAAAAACAGACCAGUCAUGGAAUUUGGUGAAAGACUCGAGGCUAACCGGCUAUUGAUAAACCUGGGCUAUCUCCUAAAUAAUACACUAAGCGGUCAAAGAUUCCAGCACAGAUACGAGUGCCACUUCCGCCUAGCGUUUACUUCCCCAUUGCGUGAGGGUGUUUUAAUCGUUGGGGCGCCCGGGCCUGCGAGGUUGCCAGUAAAUGCCAGGCGGAUGCUUACAGCCAAAGACUUGAACGACAUCCGCCUUCACUGGCCAAGAUCUAUUGGUAUCAGAAUUCUCAACUGCAGCCCUGGAAGCCCGCCUGGGACAAGAUCCAGACCCAUGUUCACAUCCGGAGAGGAAAGCAACGUCGAACCGCAGAAACAGCAGAAGCAAGAGGAGGUCAUAGUACUGGACGAUGACUCUGACGAGGCUCCAGUUGUUGACCUGACAGAGGAAGGCUGA